CUUUUAGUUUGUUAAAAAGAAGACCAAGUUUUAAAAUGAUAAUCAAACAUCAAUUCUUUAAUGAAUGAUUCAAGACAACUAACUAUUAAAGUGAUAAUAAUGACAGUAAUAUGCAAAAAUUGGUGACUGUGAUUACUUUUAUAUUUGCUUUGUGCUACAGCCAAUCUCCUUGUCCAAGUUUUUUUAGAUACAUGGUGCAUGAGAAAACGAAAGAGAUUUAUGGAAAAAUCGAAAUUCCAUUCCCUCCUAAAAAUAUUGUGCUUCAUCUUCGUGUCAGUCUAAGUGUUGCCACAGCUCUACCAACGAGAUACGUAGGAAAAAUUGAACUGGCAAGAUCGAAACAAGAGUCAAUAAAAGCUGUUAAUCAAAACAAACCUUUAAUUUAUAACGUAUUUUUUCCAGUCGCUAGACCAAUUCCUUUGCUAACAGAAAUUAUGUUUAAUCAACAUCAAUACUGCAUUGGACCUCAUGCACUUGGUCCGGCAGUAACAAAUAUUUUCUUGGAACAUUUCUUACAUCCUCCAAAAAUAAAUAGAUCAAAAAAUACUCCACCAAUACAUUAUGGAAGAAAAGAAUUAUGUGUUGAAGAAAAUAAAAUAUUUAAUAUCAAUCGUUUUAUGAAUUCAACUACUCAUAUAGAUAAUAUGAUUAACACAACUACAUCUGAAAUCUCCACAUUAGAAUUAAAUUCAAACGUUGGUCAAAUUUGUGGACAGCCAGCUAGUUACUAUAACUCCUAUCAACUUCCAGAAAAUGGUAGAGCUUUACCAGGACAAUGGCCUUGGUUAGCAGCUAUUUUUCUUGUAGAACUUGAAUUUCGAUUUCAAUGUGUUGGUAAUCUUAUCACAGACAGACAUAUCCUCACAGCUGCCCAUUGUAAAAAAUCUAAUAAUCGAGAAUUGCAUGCUAAUCAUUUUAUAGCAUCUUUAGGACGUUAUUGUUUAGAUGAUUGGAAAGAAAAGUCAUCAAAAAAUUUAGAAAUAGAAGAAUUUUUACUCCAUCCUGAGUACGAGAAUCGAGGAAAUGCUCAUGCUGAUCUAGCCUUGAUAUUUUUGAAAAAUAAAGUACAUUUCACUCAAACUAUUAAACCAGUAUGUUUGUGGACAGGUUCAAGUGACUUAAAUAAAAUCAUAGGCACAAUGGGAUAUGUCAUUGGUUGGGGUCAUGAGAAUAAUAAGCAGAACACACGAGAGUUAAGAAUGACUAAAGUUCCAAUCAUUUCUCAAGAAGCAUGUUUGAGAAGUAACAUUGGCUUCUUCUAUUCUACUUCCAGCAAAACAUUCUGUGCUGGUAAUAAAGAUGGCCAAGGACCUUGUGAUGGAGAUAGUGGUGGAGGUUUAGUUAUUUGGAAUAAUACAACAAAAAGAUAUCAUUUAAGAGGAAUAGUUUCUUUGUCUUUACUUGACAACAAUAGUUCGUUAUGUGAUUUAUCAGAAUAUAUAGUAUACGUAGAUGUAGCAAAAUUUUUAGAUUGGAUUAAAAAUGAAAUAAAUAAUCAUGAGACUGAAAGAAAUGCAGUUGAAACUAGAGUAGGUUUAAAAAUGAUUUAUUCUUGGAUUGUUGUUAGUAUCUUCUUCUUUUUGACUUUGGGUCCAGGUUCAGCUGAAGAAACAUCUGAUCAUCCGAUAAGCACGAAAGAAGCUCUUCAUACAGUUGGAAAAUAUUUAAAAGAAGAUGGAGGAACAGUUUGGCUUAGCAGUCUUACUGCUAAACGUUUAGCUCCAUUGACGACAGAUCAACUUAUGGUUGAAAUUUUAAAUUCUACUGAUGCCAAUGAAGAAGUCAAAGCAGCUGCGAGUGUUAUUAAAACAGCACUUGAUGAACAAAAAAUUGCUGGAUCAAACAGUACAGGAAUUUUCGAGCUUGAAGGGUGGAAAGAUCUAGUUGAUAAUGUAGAAGAUCAAGAUGAUAUAAUAUGUUUAUAUCGAAAAAGUUUAAACGUGUCAUUUGAACGUACUGAAGAUUGGCAAAAAUUUCUGAAGAGUAUGUCUGCAGGAUACACAGUGUAUUUAGCUUUAGACAUGGGUCAAAAGUAUGUGAUUUGUUUGAAAAAAAUCCAAAUAUCGGAACAAAAUUCAUCAUUCACUGGUGCUAGAGCCUUAAAUUCGACUGAAUUAAAAUCUAAAAUAGAAGAUUCUACUUCGGAAAUUCUUUCAAAAGGGAGUAGGUCAUUAAAUGAAAAAUCAGAUUCUACAGAGGAAAGUGAAGAGGAAGAAAAAUGCGACCACAAGAAGAAACCUGAUGAUAUGAAUAUGAGAAGACAGUUCUCGUCAAUGAGACCAGCUCCUCAAGAAUCUCCUUGUAGUAAACCAAUCAUCUACAUGUUACCAUAUGGAUUCUACAACUGGCCACCUUCAGGAAAUUAUCCUACUCCUUCAAUGGAAAGUCCCGCUAUGAUACCAUCUAGUUCUCUAAACUCGGGUUCUUAUCCACAAAUAAUAUAUCCUAGUAAUCAAGCAUCUGGACUACCAAACGUUGGAUAUCCAAUAACAAAAUCAGCGCCUUUGCCUCCUGGACCUCCAAGAAUGGAUUAUUUAUUCAGAUCUGACAAAUCAGUACCGAGAUUGCCUAUUUCUAGUUUUCCUGGGAUAAAAUCAGCACCUUUCACACCUAGACCACCAAUUUCAAACUUUCCUAUUAUGAGAUCUGCUACUGCACCACCUAGACAGAAAAUACCUACCUCAUAUCAAGAUGUGAUAUCUAGAAAACAACUUCCAGGCUAUGAGAUGCAGCGAUUACGACAAUAUCCUAAUCGUGAAUCUCCAAGUUCAAAUAUUCCACAAGCUCCAAUUUCAACUCGAGGAUAUACUCAACCUCCAAGACGCUUUUUCCCACCUCCAACUCAAUCUCGAAAAUUUGUCCAACCAAUCUUUCAACAAGGAUUUCCCCGUGGACCAGUUAAUAUUCCCUCUAUCAAUCCACGUGCAUCAUUGAGAAACGCUUUACCUUCAGUAAAUGAUUUUCAACCUUCUAACUAUGGACAGUACACCAACGUUUAUCCUAUUUCUCCGACUUCUUCUGAUCAAUAUUCAAAUGUAGGUUGUAAAAAUUAUCAUCCUUGUGUUUUCCCUUGUGAUAAACCACUUCUGGUUAGAGUCCAGCUCGAACCUUCACAAUAUCUGUUGAAAGAAUUAUCCAAUAUUGGUUAUAUUCCCCAAAGUGGUCCGACUAUUCCAACUAUUCCGUGGAGACGAAACAUGGAUUCAGAAUCUAAUAUUGGAGUACGAAAAGGAGAAGAUAAGGAUAAUAGAGGUGUACAAUUAGAUAAAAAUUUAGAGAAAGAAGAGAAUACAAGUGAUAGUCUUGAAAGGUCUGAAUCCUCAUCAAGUGAAAUAGGAGUUUCUGUGGCACCAUGAAGGGAUAAAUUAAAAAAUUAUAAGAUACAAGUUUUGAUUUUAAAACGCCUAAUAAAAUAUUUGUUUUUAACUAAAA